GGUCGUCCAAGGUCAGCUGAGAACGUCAGCAUCAUCAGGUAUAUAAAGUGAGCAGCUCACCAUUACAAUCAGUCUACCAGUAACUCCUGUGUAUCAUACUUACAUCCCUCAGACAUGCUCCACAAGGUGUGUGUCGUCUUGGUGGUGGUGGGUGUGGCUAUGGCCGACCCAGGUGACUAUGCACCAGUCUACAAGUCGGAGCCGCUGCCAUAUAACUUCGACUAUAGUGUACAAGACAGCUACAAGGGCACCAACUUCGGUCAACACGAGAAUUCCGACGGUAAAUCUGUGUACGGAUCCUACUACGUCGACCUUCCCGACGGUCGCAAACAAAGGGUGGACUACACAGCUGACCCUUACAGAGGUUACGUUGCCAAGGUUAGCUAUGCCGGUAAGGCUCAUCACCCUCAGCACUACGGACCCGCCAUCACUUUCUUCAACAAGGGCUACGGACACGGAGGCUACCACUGACGACUCUGAUAUCGAACCAGAUUUUAUCAUUUGUACGGUAAAUGUAGAAUAAACAGUACGUAUCAAAAUUACAUAAUUUCCUUCCGCCGUAUCUCACGUAAUCCAGUAAUUACUUCCAACGUCAGAGCAAAUAUCUAGCACCGCAGUCGCCUCUUCAACACAUGAAAAACAAUUUAGGGGCUGUGUACACUGAGCUUCCAGAGAAAGUGUAGCAAUUGUGAAAGGUACACUUUGUUAAAUGGAAAAAAAGGGGAAAAUGCCUGGGGUCAUGAGUGGUACUAACGCUCCAAUCACGUAUGA